AUGGAAUGCCCGUUGUUUUUUCAGCGUUGCUGUCGAGAGGUCAUUGAAUACCUUCACUGUGGGGAAGUCUUCGUGCGGGUGGUUGCGGUUGCGGCUCGCCGUAAGGGCCAGCUCCUUAACAUGAAAAUAAUGGGCCCGCAGCAGCACGUCUCGUGGCGUGGAGUCUGGCGGGUGAGCAGGCUUAGGGAUCCUAUGUAUCCGGUCGAUUAACAUCAUAUCCGUCGGUAUUUCCGGCGCGUAAGCUCUCAUCAGGCCUCGAGCAUAGGCCUGAAGGUCUUCCGGUUGCACCGACUCUGGCACUCCUCGGAGCCGGAUGUUAUUCCGCCGUGCCCUAUCUUCCGCAUCAUUCAUUUGCGACUCCAGGCGUUCCACCUUUUCCUCCAAAUGUUGGACAUGAUCCGCCAUGUUGUUGUGUGCAGAAGCGAAGUCCCCCAUCUUGUCUUCGAUUUUGGAGGUGCGCUUUCCCAGAUCUUGCAUUUCUUUCCGCAUGGCGUCUGCCGUUUGUUGCCAUGAGGCUAUCAAUUUGUUGGACAAGGUAUUCAGUGCGUGUUCCAGGAAGCUUUUCGUGAUUUGGUCGGUUUGUGUGUUGUCCGCUAUGGGGAGGCUCGAGUCCGAAUCCCCGUCGCCAUCUUGGGCGUCCGACUGUGA